AUGGAUCCCACCAGCAGCAGCUGCAUGCGCAGUCCACAACCUCCUGCCCCACUUUGGGGGUGCCUGCGAAGCACCCAUGCGGAUGUCACCACAGCUUCGGGGCUGAACCAUUAUCCACCAGCACCGUUCUUCCAUCAAAAAUCAGAUUUUGCUACUUACUCCGAUUUCUCAACCUCCUGCCUGGUGACUGCUCCCCACAGCUUCCCACGUGAGGAGUGGGCAUUUGUGGAGCAGCACCCCUCUUUCCAACACUCUGACUGGCAUUUGGCAGCAACUGAGGCCAGAAGGCGACUAAAUCCAGGACUGGCCUUGGGUUCUGGGGAGUCAGAAGGCAGCAGUCCAAAUCUAGUGAGUGCAGCCGUGGGUAUGAAUGAAGAUGAAGAGGCACCAGUAAAUACUACAAAUGAGACUGAGAAAAAGUCGUCCAAAAGAAAAAAGGAAAACUCAGAAAACCAGAACUCAAGCAACAAGGCAGAAACAAGCAGCAAAUCACGGAAGGAAAGGACAGCUUUCACAAAGGAGCAGCUACGGGAGCUGGAAGCCGAAUUUGCCCACCAUAACUACUUGACGAGGCUCAGGAGAUAUGAGAUAGCUGUGAACCUGGAUCUCACCGAGAGACAAGUCAAAGUAUGGUUUCAAAACAGAAGGAUGAAGUGGAAACGUGUUAAAGGUGGUCAACCAGCGUCCCCACAUGAACAUGACACAGAAGAUGUGGACUCUGCAGCUUCCCCCAGCUCUGACUAG